GGCAUUUGAGUCAGGGCAUACAUGCCUCAACUGUGAGAGGCCCAACUCCCCUUGGCUGGCUGUCAUCCCAGAGCAGAGGCAGAGAGACACAGAGACUGAGGGUGAAGAGAAAGUUAAAGUGUAAAGUAGACUAGAAAGAGGCAAGUGUUUGAGGAAGUUGUUUUAAAAGAAGAAGAAGAAGAAGAAGAAGAAGAAGAAGAAAGGUUUACGGACUUGAGUUGUGUGUAGCAAGGCUCCUGCAGGUCGUUUUUCAGUAGUUUAUUUUUAACUGUAGCCAGUGCGCAGGCGGUUUGCAUUCGGAGUUGACAGCCAUGGCGGAUACAGGUGUCAAGAAGGCGCACGUAGAAGAGCCUUACGAUGACGACGACAAGGUAGCUCUGGUGACCGCCGCCACAGAGCCGGCUGUAGACGACGAUGAUGAUGAUCUUUCUGAGGACCCUUCUGAGGAGGUGGACCUGGAACUGGCCACCAGACCUGGAGGCAAGACUGAAGCACAGAUGAAUGGGGUCAUGGUCCUGUCUCUGCUUGACAAGAUUAUCGGCGUAGUAGACCAGAUCCAGCAGACCCAGAAUGGGCUGGAGGCCCGGCAGGGGGCCAUGGAGAAGUCAGUGUCAACCAUCCAAGGGGAGCUGGCUAAGAUGUCCAAGAAUCACGUCGGCACAACCCACACUGUCAACAAAAUGCUCGAUAAGGUACGCAAGGUCAGCGUCAACGUCAAGUCGGUGAGGAACAACCUGGAGAAGCAGGCGGGCCAGAUCAAGAAAAUGGAGAGCAACGAGAGCGAGCUGCUCAAGAGACGCAACUUCAAAGUGCUCAUCUACCAGGACAAAGUGAAGCCUCCUAAGAUAACCAAAUCCAAGACCGCAGAGACCUUGGUUGAAGGCAUAGCCGUGGAGGGCCUUGCGCAGAUACCUGAAGGACAAGAAGAAGUUCAAGACCAUCUCAACUCCGAUGAAGAGGUGGAGAUUGAGGAGAUUAUCGAGGAGUCUCGCACCAAGCGCAUCCAACGCACCACCAAGCAGCAAGUGGACAACAUAAAGAAAGCCUUCUCUAAAGAGAAAAUGGAGAAGACCAAAAUAAAGACAAAGGAGAACUUGGAGAAGACCAGGCAGAGAACCCGAGAGAACCUGGAGAAAACAAGACAGAGAACCCGCGACAAAAUGGAGAAAACCAAGCACAGCCUGGGGCAGAAGAUGGGCCAGCUCGGGACCCGCAUGACCCCCAACAUGGAGCGCAGGACAAAGAUGAAGAGCUCCAAAGAGAAGGCCAAGAAGUCCCUCAAUCCUGAACACAAGGUCUACGCCCGCUCCAAGACCACUGUGUACCACGUGCCGCCCUUCACCUUCCAUGUGAAGAAGUUCCGAGAAGGAAUGGAGGAGGUGGUGCCAAACACAGAGAUGGAUGAGGUGGCCGACGAUGAAGGAGAGCCAGGGGGAGAGGAGAACGGGCUGGGGGUACACGUGGAGGUGGAGGAUGGGCAGCUGGUGAGGGUAGACAGCCCAGAGAUGGAGGCUCUGUUGGAGGUUACUGAGGACUUCCAGCUGGUCAGGGUGGAGCCGGACCUUCCAAAGGCCCAAAGCGAGUAGAGCAUCCCAGCUCUGUGUCCUAUGAAGGAGGAAAUGAAAGGAUGAGGAAGGGAACAUUAGACACAAUAUUAGUCGUGGGGACUUUAUAGACGUGAUCACAAUCUAUGAUAUCUUUUUUGAUUUAUGUUCUCUUUUUAUUUUACCCAACAGGGAUGACUUUCAUAUUUGCUCUUCUUUAGCGAAAAACUAAAAGGCUAGCUUUUAAAACAUGGUGCAGGCUGAAUGGUUGUGUAUGUUAAAGCUAAUUGCUGUUUGUUGUGGGUUUGAUCAUUUGUGUGGAUAUAAGAAUAAAAAAGGUAUAAAUAGUUUUUGCUAUUGACGAUGUAAUGUAUAACCUUAUAUUUGCCAUACGAUAUGCACAUUUGUAGGUAACAGGAAGUUGUUGGCAGGAUUUAUGCUUAAUCGAUAGAUUUAGAGAUGUAAUGUGCAAGAGUGAAACAAACAGGAAAACAUGUAAAGGUAUAGAUCUACAGAGAAAAAAUUAAUUACAAUUUAUGUACAUUACUGAAAAUAUAGACGUAAUUUCAAAUAAAUUGUAUUUAAAACAUUAGAACAAUUUCAAAUAUUUAAAGAGUAGCAUAUAGCACCAGAAUAUGAAGCUUAAGUACAUGUUGUGUACAAACAUUUUAGGACAAGAAUGUUUUACCAUUUUGGACUUUUUUUGUGUUUUGAUUUUCAUUUCUUUAAAGAUUGUGACAAAGGAUCAUAAGGCCUUAAAAUAAUCGGUAGUCCACCACUGAGUUUUAAGUUGUACUAUAUUAUGUAGCAAAAUACCUUUUUUGUGUGUCACUAAUUCAGAUAAAUAUUAUAAUGAAAUACUCAAACUGAUGUCAAUAAGGUGUAGAUUGUAGCCUUUUUUAUCUUUACAAUGCAUGCAUGUACCAACUUUCCACAUAGCUCUGCAAACUGGAUUAGAACAACUGUGUCGCCAUGGUCACAGCUCAUCAUAGUACAUGUGCAGAUCCCUAACACAUUUAUCAAGGUAAUUGCAGGCAGAAAAGAAUGAUAGCUUGAAAAGCAGGAUGACAGUUUAAUGACUCGUGGAGAUGCAAAUGUCAUCCUAAAUGCAGUGGAAGGGAGAAAGCCAUUCUGAAUGGCAAGGUACUUCAAUAAAUGUCAGAGAAGAUCUUGUCAACAAAUUAUUUUUGCAGAGACCAGGUGCAAUAUUGUGUAUCAGUGAUGUCUACACUGAUGUAAAAGCCUGCAUCUUUGUACAACAAGUUAGAAAAUACGUUUUUUAAAGAAGUAGAGGAAGCUAACAUAAUUGAAUUGUAAAUAUUCAAAGUCUGAAGAAAACUGGCAUGUACGGCAAGCACACAGUGCUCCGGACAAAGAGAAGGUGAAUGCAUGGCUUCCAUUUUCAUCCCUAGAGGCUCUGUGAUCUUGAUGCGGUGCAGACAUGCAGAAGCCCACUGUGUAGCGUGGAGAACCAUUAAAAUAAUCAAUGGGCUGGGGAAUUCAAUUAAGGAGAGUGCUCUCUCUGAGCACUGACCAGGGUAGAGAACAGUGAGAAGAACAGAGGAAAGUGUGUGAUUGUGAAGAGUGUGUUGAUACAAUAUACACAAUACCCUUGGCAUCAAGUUCACAUUUCAAAGAAGCAAAUAAAUCAAUUACAGGCCUCUGACAUCACAUAUCACAUUAUAGUUAUUAAAGUUUUAUAUAUAAUUAAAUGUCUAUAGUGAUUAUUUACACAAACAUGGACAUUGUUUUGCACAGCAAACAUUAAACACUUGUAAGAUAUUUGUCCUUUGUCUUCCUUUUUUUGUUAAGGUGUGUAAUUUGCCACCAUACCUGUUUUGACCUACUGGUUAUCAAUUAACUGAACCAUCCUGCUAUGAGCGUGAGGUAGGUCAUGCGCAGCUUAUACAGACAUAUAGUUAUUUUAAAACUAAAAAAUGUCACACACUACUGUCUUACUGUUUCUAAUUCAUACUCAAAUAAAGAAGCUUGCCAUUUGUUUUGUGUUUUGAGGUCCCUUUUGCCACUUCAAUUUUAA